GCGGGUCUACCUUUUUGCAAAGCCAUAUUUUUGUGAGCGUUUUUUCGUGCUCCGGCCAAGGCUCCAACCGCUUCUAUGAUGUGUUCCCAGCGUAAGCUUUUACGGUGCUUGUGUGUCGGAUUUAGGUACUGAAAAACAAUACCUGGUAGAACUAGGAUGACUUUUUUACCCAACACGCGGAUCCCCAGAAAGCUGGUGUGCCGGGCCGCCGCGGCUUGUGCAAAAUGCUAGGUCUAAGCCUAAUCGUUUUCGGCAGCAGUUGUUGCAGCAGUGGGACAGCCUUGGAGUUGUGCUGCCGCCGGCGCUACUCGGUUGUUUGAACGUUAUGUGUUCAGACUUUAGUGCGCUUCGCCUUUCACACAAGCGGGUGGUGCAGUGAUCGAGCUAGAUGACGAUGUCCAAACCGCCCAGCGACAACCUGACCACCUACAAGUUGGUCGUGGUGGGUGAUGGAGGCGUUGGCAAGUCGGCCCUCACGAUACAGUUUUUCCAGAAACUCUUCGUCACCGACUACGACCCGACCAUCGAGGAUUCCUACAUACAACACACCGAAAUCGACGGUCAAUGGUGCAUCCUCGACGUGCUGGACACGGCCGGGCAGGAGGAGUUCAGCGCGAUGCGGGAGCAGUACAUGCGCAAGGGGGACGGCUUCCUGCUGGUGUACUCAGUGACGGACAAGCAGAGCUUCGACAACAUGGGCCACUUCCACACCCAGAUCCUGCGGGUGAAGGACCGAGAUGCCUACCCCAUGCUGCUUGUGGCCAACAAGGUGGACCUGGUGCACCUCAGGAGGGUCUCCGAGGACCAGGGAAGGGACCUCGCACAGCAGCUCAAGAUCAGCUACAUUGAAACAAGUGCCAAAGAUCCUCCCAUCAAUGUUGAUGCCGCAUUUCACGAGGUUGUCCGAAUCAUCAGGAACCAGCCUCCGCCGGUGGACCAGAAGCGCCGGAGGAAGUGGUGGAAGAAUUCCCGUUGCGCUGUACUGUGACCGACGCCACUGCUGCAGGGUCGAUAGCUCUCCCCCUCUUUUCCUCUCCCUCUUUGCCCUCCCCGUCUAUAUUGAGUGUUAGCAAGGACACCUCGGAGGGGCUUGCAGGGCGUUCGCGAGCGCACAUGCGAGCGUGUUGUAGUGGCCGGGAAGGUAUCUGUGGGUGCGGACACCGCUGCGCCGGAUGCGUUCCUAAAGGGAUCUCUCGAAACGUGUGCGUGCGUGUUUGUACUUGUUGCGUGUGUGUGUGUGCGCGUGUUUGUGGAUAGGGCUGAGACAAGCUUUUUAGGGCCAGCAUAUUUUUCCUUUUUGGAGAAAAUAAUCGGUGUGUGGUUUCUCUUCCCUCAAUUUAUUUAUUGGUAGACGGUAGAGCCACUGAAUAGGUGACGCCUAGAGUACCGGCACUCCAUUUCCCAGUUGUCCCGUGGGCACAAUAAUUUUGUUGCUCGGUACAGAGCAGGCGAUAUUGGAAGUCACGAUUUGAAGAUUCGACUUCCUGAACUUUACAUGCAGCAAGGAAAGGCUUAGGCGGUAUCAUUUUUCUAGUGUUGUACGAAUAUUCAAAUUUUCUGAUAGUAGUUUCGAAUAAUAAGCUAUUCAAUAUUCGCUUCGAGAUGGACUGCGACAUUCGUGCUUUUUCGAAGUGUUGAUCGCGGCAAGCUAACCCCGUUGAGUGCGCUUCUUACCGAGCACAUCUGCACUGCGGGGAAGAAAUACCUGCAGAGCUUGGGGGCUCCGAGGGGAUUGCUUCCCCACAGUGCUCCGGGGCUUUGUGAGAAGCGCACUCAACGGGGCUAAACUGCCGAAAUUAUGCAAGAGCAUGCUCUAGGCAGUGAUGUCUUGAUAUCCUGUGCUCGUCAUUCAUGCUUGUGUAUUUUUGUUUUUUUUUGUCAGAUUUGAACAAAGAAUAUUUGCACAUACCAAGCAGAUUUAUAAAUCGCCUCAAUUAGGAUGGCUGUCACAAUUUUGUCGUUUACAUGGCAUAGUUAAUAAAUAUAGCUAUAUAAAAAUUAACUGAGCUUAGGAGAGGACAAGUGCAAGCUUGUGAACAACCUGCUCAAGUUCGGGUGAAUUUUCGUUUAAACACAGGGCAGAGUAGUUCAGACACUCGAGAAAUUAUUAUAUUCAAUUAGAAAAUAAUUGUCCAAAACCACUGUUUUCUACUAGCUCAAAAUGAACUAUUCGUGCAUGACUACAUUUUUCUCUACCGCAGACGGUUUUAUCAAUUUUAGACCACGGAAAACCCUUUUCCGCUAUUUCAGAUAAAGCUUUAGAUAGCUGGAAAAAACAAUUUUAACCACCAAGAUGGCCGACAUGUCGCUGCUCUGAAGCGUAGCUUGUUAAGUGGCUCUAGUAUAGAGAAAUACCAGACUUCCUUACCUCUGGUGCUUUUUCUUUUUUUUUAAUUUUUCUAAUAAGUAGAGGAGGUUAUAUGGAGCUUCGUAGCCUCCCCGAAAAGUUGCAGUUUCUGUGUGAGGAAAAGCAGUCAUCUAGGAUCUCUGGAGAGCCAAGGGCUUAAGUUGCAGCUCUAGGAAACAGGCCUUGCGUUUGGGGUCCAUAAUUAAUGUCAUUGUUCCUCAAGACGUUUUCUUGCAGAGUCUACAGCAGCUCAUCUUUUACAGUCAGUGAGGUACCAUUCCAUUUUUGCAUUAAGGCAGCUGUUUUUUUUUUUUUUGUUGUUUCUUUUAAGUGUGAGUGUUGUGAGUGAAUGUGCAUAUAUACAUAUAAACACUAAAUGUGGUCUUUACAAGGCUUUGUACAUCAUUUGUUUCUGGUCACGCUGAGCUAAUUUAUUGCGAACCGAAAGUGUAGCUUUUAAAACCGAGGCACCCGAGCAUCGACUGCGUUUUAAAGUUGUUCUCCGCGGCCUGUUCCUUUGUCACCGAGGUUUUAGUCCUAUUAAUAUAUUGGGUAGAGAGUGCUGGGAUGUCGAUUGCCCUUCAAAGAGGAAGCAUGUGUUUCAUUUGAGCGGGAUGUGUUUGUAUUUCCUAAAUGCCCCCGUCCACCCUUCCUCUCUCUGAAAAUGAAUAAAGGGUGGUCGUGUUUGAAACAAAA